UUCAAAUAAUGUCGCAAGUCAUUAAUGAUUUAAAAGAAGAAUGUGAAGCAGAAAUUUCUAGCAUACUUUUCGCUAAACAAAACAUAAUUCACCCAUCGGUCAUUACUCCACUUAGUUUAAGAGAAGAAUUAUCUAAAAUCAAAUUUAAUACAAAUAUAGAAUUCCCGAUAUCACCCGUUGAUAUUGAAAAUUUUUAUAAAUAUUUCUCUAUUUGUGAUAUUACUGUAUCAUAUGACGGUCAAAUCUUGAUAUAUGCUAUCAAAAUUCCGAUUGUUAACGAGAAAAUAUAUACUUUAUAUAAUCUUAUACCACUUCCCGUUCGAAAAGACAAUUCGUCUAUUUAUUCCUAUAUCGACCCUUCUUUUCCUUACCUUCUUCUAAGUACUUCUAAGACUGAUUACUGUCGAUUUAAGAACUUAACAUCUUGUAAGAAACUUGCCGAGGAGGAGUACUUGUGUUCUCAAAUGGUUGUUCAUCUUACGUCACAAAGACCCGUAUGCGAAACUCUGCUACGAGUUACCCCUUCGUCCACAGUUCCUGAAGAUUGCCCCACAAAAGUUGUCAAAGCUCACCUGGAACUAUGGCAACCUUUAUCAUCGAACUCCUGGCUCUUCAUAAUGACGGAACCAACGAUGGCAUCAAUCAGUUGCGAACAAAAUUCUAAUAUCAUCGACGUGCAAUUAAACAAUAUUGGUAUUCUUAAAUUACAACAAAAAUGUAAAUGUUACACUUUUUCUACAGUUCUAUACGCAACAUCUGGAAACACCGCCAAUCAUACUAAUUUCAUUCCAAAUAUUGAUCUCACCGAUGACUGUUGUGUCAAACAGAGAGAAUUUUUAAAUGAAGAUUUCAAUGAAAUUGAGGAUGACGUGGUUUUUGGUGAAAGUGGAGCCAAAUCCGAUCACGUGUGUGUUCAACAUGAUUCAGAUGAUACUGAGGAAGAAAACAACCAGAACUUAGCCAUGAAUAUGGAACAAAAGAAGGACAAAGCUACUCCUUACGCCCCUUCAGAAAGGAUAAAGCCGGCAGGAAUGGGAGUGCAAGAGUACACCUCCGCUCGGUCGUCAUGCUGUAACUGCUCAGAGAUGAGAGAGGCACCUCUACGUCGGCUUGAGGUGACGGGCUUGGGUUUUCCGUACUAG